UGCGCAUUCAGCCAGAGGAGCGCAGCGUGUUGGUCGCCGUCAGGGUGUGAAUGUGUCCAGACUUCACUGCAGCGUGAAGCGCUUUGGAGCUGUCAGACUAGUUAAAACGCGAACUAAAUACAUUUAGUCCCGCAGCGCGCUGGCAGCAGGAACUGACCGGGUCCAUUCAUGGCAUCUUGGAGCUUUUUUCUGGCUGCGGUUCUGUUCACUGUAGUGGCAGCAGAAAAUCUGACAAGGAAGGCUGGUGAAGAUGUCACCUUCAGGCUGGGAUACAGAAAGCUGAAACCGGGAGAUCAUCUGGUCUGGUCUGGUCCAAAUGAUACAGUUCUCUUGACCAUUGAGAUUGGAGAAGAUAUUGGACCAGACCAGUUGAGAAGACUACAGGUGAAUCUCACAACCGGAUCCUUGACCAUUAACAGUUUCCUGGCUAAGGACAUUGGGGUCUAUAAUGGGAAGAUCUUCAUCAUCAACAGUACGACUCAGAAGUUCAACCUCGUCGUUGAGGUCACGAUAGUGGCAGCAGAAAAUCUGACAAGGAAGGCUGGUGAAGAUGUCACCUUCAGGCUGGAAUACAGAGAUCUGAAACCUGGCGAUCAUCUGGUCUGGUCUGGUCCAAAUGAUGAUCUCUUGACCAUUGAGAUUGGAGAAGAUAUUGGACCAGACCAGUUGAGAAGACUACAGGUGAAUCUCACAACCGGAUCCUUGACCAUUAAAGGUCUCCUGCCUAAUGACACUGGGGUCUAUAAUGGGAAGAUCUUCAAUGGCAAUGGGACGGAUCAGCACUUCCACCUCACUGUUGAGGAGCCUGAUCCCAUCCCACCAAACGCUGAGUCUCAUACCUGGACAAUUGUUGCUGUUGCUGCUGUUGUUGGUUUUGCUAUCGUUGUUUCUGCUGUCUUGGUUCACCGUUACCUCAUUCCGUUUAUAAAAAAGAGGAAGACAGGCCAGUGUAAUUCCAGCGGUGUGAUCUGACUCCCAGCAUCCAGCCUUCACAGCAUUCCUUGUUGAGAAACCUCCACAGACCCGGUGUGAGUCCUGCAGAGGCCAGCGUCUCCAUCAUGAGGGAUAUUUUUAUGGACUCGUUCAGACUUUUCCACAAAACAAGUUUUACCAGAAAUAACGAACGAGAAAACGAGCAGAAACUGAACGUAGGAGUUGACUCCCGGGUCUUUUCUGUUACAAAAGAUGAUGAUAAUGAUGAUGACGAUGGUGAUGAUGAUGAUGAUGAUGCCUCUUCUCAACGUCUCUGAUCCGACUGAAAACUGUCUGUUGCUCCACUAAAGUCUCAGGAAGUCGAUACCCAUGGCUGUCU